UGAGUGCGAAGACGCAGUGGGGCAGGCCCGGGGUCAAGGGGCGUUGCAUUGGACGUACAACCGGCCUGCAGCCUCUUCAUGCCGCUCCCGGGCAGCUCCGGCGGCAACGCCUUCAGCUCGGAGAUGGAGGGUCUGAGUCGCUGCUCCCCCCGCUACCAGGAACUGUACCCUAAGGGGGCGAGUGCGUGCCGCUUGCCCGUGGAGCGGGGCCCGUGCCGGGCGCCGAUCCUGAGUUGGCGCUACGACCCCCAGCACCAGGCCUUUGACUCCUUCUUCUACGGCGGCUGCGGUGGAAAUGGGAACCGCUUCUCUUCCCCCAGCCUCUGCAUCCAGACCUGCGUGACCGAGAAAGGGAAGUCAGGGGCCCAACCGGACAGGAAUGAGAAAGUGGUGUCUGACGUGGAUGAAGGUUUUAUCACUGCCAUCUUCUGCAGCUGCCCGUUUGCUGUUGCCUCCGUCAUCGGCCUCACCCUCUUCUUCCUCCAGAAGAAGAAGCAGAAGUCCGGGGAGUCUCGGGGCAAAGAGUUGGAGUUGGAGUGA